AUGGCUACCGCAUUUCCAUUGCCCACAGAUAAGUGGGCUAGUGACAGACCAAUGUUGCCGGUAGAAGAGCUCCCCGUGCUGCCAGAGGAAAUUUGCAUGGGUUCAGUUGUGUGGCUACGACAACGCUUUUACAAGGACGAAGACAUAACAUGUGUCCGACCCAGACAUUGCGACGACUUCAAGCUUGAGAAUGAGGGAUAUAGACAUCCACUUGUGAUUCUCAAGAUCUGGCAACGAUCUGGAUCUGCAGAACCAGGAGAUUUGAUGCUGGGUGUUAGAGAUAAAUAUCGUUUACAAAGCGAACGUCGAAGUGGCCCAGAUGCUUUUUCAGAAGUUGAUUUGGAGGAUAGCUACACUAAAACUCCGUCCCUUGCCAACACCAAUCGGAGUCAUGAUAACGCGGGUCAAGACCUCGGUCAGGAAUCUGUCGCCGCCACGAAACACUGGAAGACCCAAACUUCUAGGGCCAACGGUUCUUGCAGCACAGUUGAGCCUGCUUCUUCUCGGGGUCGUCAGUCCCGCGCUACCUACACCAUGACUCCACAGUACCCCCCUUCAGCCCUGGUCAACCGCCAAAUCACUCCAGACUCUGAACGAAAACAUUGUGCUGCAAGCUCCAGCAACGAGCCUCGAGACCACGAUUUCCCUAUUCCAGAAGUGUCUCCUCCUGGACCGAUCUUGAGCAUUGCUCCUGUACCUGGACCAGUACAUCGACAGCCUCAACUCCCGCUACAUCCCCACCUAGGCUACUUUCCACCAUAUGUUGCGUCAAGCUUCCACCUAACCGUACAAAAUAAUUUCCACUUCAUCGAAUCCAAAGCUCAAUUCAAUGCGCCGUUAACCACGAACUACGGGAUGAUGCCUCGCCAAACCACGCAGCCAGCAUAUCAGAAUAUAGGACAGCUGUGGGGACAAGGGUUGGUUCAACAACAGCCGCAAUGGGAUCAACACGUCGGUCAACAAAUGACACCGCCAAUCGGCCAAAAUAUGUCCCAAUUGAUAGGGCAAGCAAUGGCACAGCCAAUGCCCUACUUGAACCAGAUGGUCAAUUCAUUCAAUGCCAACAUCCCACGAGCCAAUCCUUACCUUCGAAAUAAUACGAACCAGCGCCCGCAGAAUUAUCCGGCACACAGGCAAAUGAACAACCGGAAUCAAGUGCCGUUUAUGCAGCUUCCACAUAGAUCAAAUCAAACACCCUAUCCACGGGUCCCACCCGCGUCAAGUGGUCCCACGAGAAGAAUCUCCCACUCGGUUAUGGAUAGCGUCUCAGCCAUGAAUGGUUCCCUGACUGGAAAUGGUUACACUCCGCAGUAUGGCCAACAGAUCUCACUAUCCCGAAGGAUAGCUCCGUAUCCUGGCGCCCAGCUAACGAAGUUCAAGCAUCGAGGAACGCGCACUUCUAAGAAGAAGGGCAACUGA